AUGAACUCAUUUAGCGCCCCUCCAUUACCUCCAGGGUGGACGGAGCACGUUGGACCUGCGGGCCAACCAUACUACUACCACGCCGGGACACGAGAGUCUACCUACGUUCGGCCACUUCCUGCGUUCCCUAUUAUCCCACAAGCUAUCAUCCCGCAGCCUCCAAAGAAGAAAGACAAACCGUCGGUAAAAACCCCGAUACCUGGUACAGAAUGGCUUCGUGUAACGACGACGGAGGGGAACAUAUUCUAUUCACACAAGGCGAAGAAGCAGAGCGUGUGGACCGUGCCGGAGGAAAUAAAAGAUGCUCUUGAAGCAUUCGAGCGUGCCGAGAAACAUGAAGACGCGCAGAAGCAACAACAGGAGGCAAAGGGAAAGGACGUCGAGAAGUUGGGGUUCGAGGAGGAGCAGGAGCUCAAACGGAUUAAGACAGAAAUGCAGAGCCUUGUAAAGCGAAAAGCGGAAGAACCUCAACCUUUGGACGAGGUUGUGAUUUCGAAAAAGGCGCGAGUAGAAGAAGAGGCUGAAGGCGAAGAGGAGGAGGGAGAUGAGGAAGGGGAGGAUGAUGACGAUGAGAGCGAGGAGGAGGAGUGGCAACGCGAGGCUGCUGCACAACUCGCUGCUGAAGCAGAGGAGGAGAAGAAGAGGCUGGAAGAAGAAGCCAAGUUUGCACAGGAAGCAGAAGACACAGAAACCAAGAAGAUGCAAGAAAAUGAGAGGUCUCAGCUCAACAUGCCCGAUCGCGUCGAUCUCUCUAUUGAAGAGGCUAAGGCAUUGUUCAAGACCUUACUUAGGGAAAAGGAUAUCAGUCCUUUACACCCUUGGGAUACUUCAUUACCCUUGUUUAUAUCAGAUCCGCGCUACGUUCUACUCCCUUCUGUUUCAGCACGUCGUGAUGCAUUCGAUGAAUACUGUCGGGAUCGUGCGCGCGAACUACGGCAACAAAAUGUCAAGAAAGAAAAGGCAGAAGCAAAUCCUAAGGAAGAGUAUGAACGACUUCUUAGCCAAGAAGUGAAAAGCACGAGAACAUCCUGGUCUGACUUUCGAAGGACAUGGAAGAAAGACCGGCGAUUUUACGGAUGGGGGAGAGAUGACCGAGAGCGAGAGAAACGAUUCAAGGAGUAUCUCAAAGAGCUUGGAGAGAAAAAGCGUAUAGCCGCCGAGAAGGCGGAGGCAGAUUUCUUUACUCUUCUGCGCGAGAGCGGUGUGGUCAGGUCAGAUUCAUUAUGGAAGGACGUGAAACGAAAAUUAUCCCAUGACGCUCGAUAUGAUGCUGUCGGGUCUUCAUCUCUGCGUGAAGAGCUAUUCCAGACCUUCCUCAAGGCACACGGGUCUUCAUCUUCGCAUUCAACCUCUCCUAAAGUUACAGAUGAGACGGGAAAACAUGAUACAGAAGAAGAUGCCGAGCAAAAGCGCAGAGACAAGAAGGAACAAGCCCUCAAAGAACGUGAACAAAAGGUGAGAGCUGAUCGUAGUCGUAUGGACGCCGAAAUAGGGCGCUCCAAGAUGGGUUUGAACCUGGAGGAAGGUGAAAGAGAAUUCCGCACACUGCUUACAGACGCAGUGCGAGAUCCACAGGCCACCUGGGAAUCGAUACGUCCCCAACUACAAACCGAUCCUCGAUUCAAUAACUCCCCUCUCCCUGUAAAUCAGCAAUUGCAUCUCUUCCAUACACAUAUGAGUCAGUUGCAGAUGAAACAUUUGGCCGGUCUACAUUCGUUGUUCCAAGCCCAUGCACCAUCCUUAGCAACGCCAUUCUCUGCUCUUCCGCUUGAAUCCAUAUUAAAAUCGCUUCCGGUGACAAAACUCGCCUUUGACACUCGUGGUCUCCAGCAAGAAUAUGAGAAAUGGCAACGCGAACGGACAUACGAAUGCAGAAAAGCAUUCGACGAGAUGCUUGCGGAGAAUUCCUUUGUUGAGUUCUGGGGAAGACUGGGAAAAAUCGGAGGUGAAGGAGUCGAGGGAGGGGUCAAAGCAGAUGAUUUAGGUGAGGAUGAAGGCGAAGGUUUUGGUGGAAAGGUCGACAUGAAAGCGCUCGCAAAGAGUGUGGACCUUUCGGACAUCGAGAAAGUGCUGAAGAAUGAUAAGAGAUACAUUAUGUUCGAGCAUGUGGCAGCACAGCGAGAACGAUGGUUAAGGGUGAGAUUUCAUACUUCAAUAAAUAGCUGCCGUACUGCUGUUGGACCUCAAAGCACCAGACAAGAGACCAACUCUCGUUCCCAGUUGACUCACUCGACAAUGCGUCUGCUGAGUCCUCUAAUCCUGUCACUUACAGCCCUCUCGUCGUGCGUUUUUGCGCAAGAUGCAGGUGUUAACAAGGUUAAAUAUGACUACCAGAGCGAUGUUGCACGCCUGCGCAAGAUAGUUGUCAACAGUCUUUACUCAAACAGGGACGUGUUCUUGCGGGAACUCAUUUCAAACGCCAAUGAUGCACUCGAAAAGCUUCGGCUCACCGCGCUCACAGAGAAGAGCAUAUGGGAUGGUGUCUCCCCUCUGAACCUCACCAUCAAAACGGAGAAAGAUCCCAAUGGCGAGGGUGGUCGUAUCAUCAUUACCGACACCGGGAUUGGCAUGAGUGCAGCGGAACUGACAACUAACCUGGGUACUUUGGCAAAGUCUGGAACUUCUGACUUUCUUGCGGGAGUGGAUGGCGACGACUCGACCGCAACUGGCAAUCUUAUUGGUGCAUUCGGGCUUGGUUUUUACAGCAGCUUCCUUGUAGCAGAUAAAGUUACCGUUGCAUCUUUAUCCCCACCCUCAUCCAAGAAUCACAACCCUAUCCAGAAUGUCUUCAGUUCUUCUGCGGAUGAGGGUUCAUUCGAGAUAUACCCUGACCCACGCGGAAAUACCCUCGGCCAUGGAACUGAGAUUACACUUUAUUUGAAGAGUGACGCUUCCCAUUAUCUUGUGACCUCUAACCUUAUGAAGCUUGUUAACCAGCACUCUGGAUUUUCGACUGCCUUCCCGAUUUACAUUUGGUAUGAGGCCGAGGAAGAAGUUCCCGACGUAGACGAAGAAGUUGUUCUAAACGAGCAAGAAGAGAAAUCUACUGACGUGGAUGAGGAUGAAGCCGUGGUCGAGGAAGAUGCAGAGAAGGAAUCCGCAUCUCCCAAGAUGAAGAAGGUCAUAGUUGGUCACUGGGAACACUUGAACGCGCAGCCUCCCCUCUGGAUGCGCGAUUCAAAGACAGUCACUGAUGAAGAAUAUGAGCUACUGUACCAGGCAACCUUCAAAGACUUCCAAAAACCCCUUGCAUGGCAUCAUUUCCAUGGUGACUCGGAAUCCGGCGUGUCUUUCCAUGCUCUCAUUUACAUUCCCUCGCGUUUGACUGAGGAGUUUUUCAACAAGCCACUCGAUAAUUCGGCAAAGGACGUCAGACUGCUGGUGAAACACGUGUUCAUCACCUCUGACCUAGGUGAAUAUGGCUUGCCGAAGUGGGCUAGCUGGGUGAAGGUCAUUAUCGACGCUGAUGACCUCCCAUUGAAUGUCUCUCGCGAAACCCUCCAGUCCAGCUCUUUCCUCAAGCAGAUCAAGCAAAUUAUUUUGCGCCGUCUCAUUCAGCUCUUUUCUAAAAUUGCUGAAGAAGACCAGGAAAAAUAUGCGGAGAUCACGAAGCAUUAUGGUCAAGUCUUGAAACUAGCCGCGUCAGAGGACAGUAAAAACCGCCAGAAACUGGCAGCUCUUGUACGCUUUGAUACAAACCAACGGGAAGCCGUAUCGUUUGACUCGUAUUUGGAGAACAGGAAGCAAGGACAAAAGCAGAUUUUCUAUCUCGCUGACAUGGGCAAAUCCAUCGACCAUCUAUCUCAAAGCGUGUUUGUAGAAAAGUUGCACGCCCGCGGGUACGAAGUACUGCUUCUGAACGAGCCAUUGGACGAAAUCAUGCUUCAAAGCAUCCGAAAUUGGAAGGGUGUCCCAUUCCAGGACGUCGCCAAGGCUGGAUUGGACUUCGGAGAUGACACCCAAGAGGAGAAGGAUGAGAUCGCGGAACUGACGGACAAAUACGCUCCCCUUCUUGAGUGGUUGAAAAUUGAGGCUGGUGACAAUGUUAAGAAAGUGAUCGUCUCUAAUAGGCUCGUCACGAGUCCUUGUGCAAUUGUCGCAGACAGCAUGGGGUUCACAGCAAAUGUCCAGAAGCUCAUGAGUGCGUUGAACUACCGCGGGGCCCAGCAGAACGAUGCUAUGCAAGACUAUAUGAAGAAGCAGAAGGUUCUGGAAAUCAAUCCGCGAUCGCCGUUGAUCGAAGGCCUCCUAGAACACGUCGAGCAAUUGAAUGCAGAUGGCGAUGACAAAGACCUAGAUUCUGAGGCACAGCUCAAAGAGGUUACUUCCAUCUUGAUCGACGGGGCUCUUGUUCGUUCCGGGUUUGAAGUUGCCAACUCCAACAUGUUUUUGACUCGUGUGGAUAGAGUGCUCAGGCGAUCACUCGGUGUCUCUGAGACCGCACCGACAGAUAACACCGUGAAACCAGCUCCUCCUGUUGACCCAGAGCUGCCUAGUGACAUACCCAAUCCUGAUGAAGUGAACAACAACCAGAUUCAAUUCGAGAUGGAGGAAAUUGAUGAACAUGGAAAUGUUGUUCACGAUGAACUGUAA